AUGUCUUCGGUCCAAACUCGCAGUGGAGCGUCUAGUGCUGGCACCAAGGUCAACGCUGGAAAAAACGCCCCCGUCACGCGUGAACCGGCCGGCGCCGUUCCAACUGAUUCCCUAGCAGCAGAAUCAUACAGGGCCAGUGGCGAAUUCGCCAAAAACCGCAAUGCUGAGCCCGGCAACAUUCCCUCCAGAGCCAUUCCUCUCUCCCAGGCGGAUGACUCUACUGCCGAAUUGGCGCCGUCAUAUAUCAACAGCCAAUACAUUUCGGACAAGGGCGGCCCGCAUGGCAAGAAUCUGAAGGAGGGUGGUUUUGACAAUCAAGGUGUACAAGAUGGUGUCCGAAAGGCAUUCGACUCCGAGCCCGGUUCCGUCGACGAUCCAGGCAGACUUGCAGAAGUCAAGUUUGAGCAGAGAGAGGCAACAAACCCGCGAGUGGCAACUAGUAGGGAUGUUGGUUUAAAGACUGGAACGGCAUACGAUGGGCUAGAUCCAGACGUGAACGCCUAG